AUGCGGCCUGCCUCUCAGAUAUCUAAAACUUCACGAAUCGCCGCAGCUAAGGCUGCACCGUCCGAUAACUCUCAAUGCCGUUGGGUCCUGAUAAAAAAAGCGUUGUUAGAGCUCAACCCUUCAGAAGUAUACAAACUCUCCAAAAAAUCUACCAUCUUUCAUAUUUUCUUCACCUCGCCUACCGGGAGUGCACCGUCUGAUCCCAUACGUUUAUCUGGCCAUAAUGUCGAACAGUUCCGGGAUCUUCUUUGGGCCGCACAGUUAGAGCCGUUACCCGACCCUCAAAGCACACCUCUGCCUCGUUUGCUGUCGGUGGCUGAGCUCUCUUUCAAAUACCAAUUGAAGUCACUCAGUCGUUGGUCCAUGGAGGGGUUGCGUCGACUUGCAUCGAACCCCACCUCCACAAAAAUUCGAUAUGCACCCGAUAUCAGCCUUGGUCGCUUACUCAAGUUAUCCAUCCUCUACCAACAGAGCGAUCUUUCGACACGCCUCCAGGAGCAGUGGUUAACACGCGUCUACCGUCAAGAGCUCUCACCUUUCGCCGCCAUCACCGUUGGGGACAAAUGCGGCUUGCCCCAAUUCGUCGGCCACGCGAUGUACAUCCAUAUGGUCGACAUGGCUUCCCGCAUAGCUGAUUCUGAAAGAAUUGAUCUCGGUUCACCGUUGACACAUUCUCAAAAUCUACACAUAUUUUGCGGGUACUAUUCCUUACGGGCGUAUUGGCGUCAGCUCUCGCAAUGCCCACCUUCCUACUCCCAUUCCCCGGAAUGUCGAUACCCGUCGAAGUGUAGCGCGGCUUGGAUAAGACGGUGGAAAGCUUGUUCUUCAUCAGAACUUUCGGCACACCCGGAUGUGGAUGUCCAACGGAAGCUGCUGGAGUUACAAAGAAGAUUAAGUCCGGACCUUGUACUCAGGGAGUCGAUGCCCGCUGGAUGUAGGGCAGGUGCCCUUAAUACGGUGACACAGAAGCGCAACGAAGUCUCCAACAACUUGCACCACCACUUUGAUAUAUAA